GCCAUGUUGGUUGUCAUCAAGGAAAGAAUUUGUCAACGACACUGGCAGAAGGAAAUACGUGUCCGAAAUCUACUAUCAUCUGGUUGUAUAUAAUAAUUCACCUAAAAGGAUUGACUAAAUUCAUUUCAACUAACACUCGGCCAUUACAGGGUCUGCGAUUUGGAUGCUAUUAAGACUCAAAGAGGCGAAACAACAACGCCAUUUGUUUCUAACCUGAAUUUUCCUUGAGGUAACGUUAGUCGGAGAAGAACGGCCCAGUCACUGGAACUCUGGUUGUUGUGCCCUCUGAUAGCGAAAACCACAGCUUUCUCGUUUUUAUAGCGAGAAGAUAUUGUAGACGGAAUGGCUUGUGGGGCUACUUUGAAAAGGACUAUGGAUUUCGAUCCAUUGAUUAACCAGGCGUCCCCCAAAAGGAGGAGAUGCGCCCCAAUGUCUCCAGCCGCUUACACCUCAUCACCCCAGAAAUAUCUGCGUAUGGAGCCCUCGCCAUUUGGAGAAGUGUCGUCCAGACUCACAACCGAGCAAAUCCUGCACAAUAUCAAACAAGAGUACAAACGGAUGCAGAAGCGAAGGCACCUGGAGAACAGCAUUCAGCAGACAGAGGUCUGUUGUCCCCUGGAGUCACAACCGCAUAGCUCCAUCCUUAGUGGAUCCAGUCUGCCAGGUACGUCCUCUGGUGCUGUCUCCCCACCUAGAAAAGAGCAGCCUCUGUUUACCUUGAGACAGGUUGGGAUGAUCUGUGAACGACUGCUUAAAGAACGAGAGGAGAAGAUAAGGGAAGAUUAUGAUGAGAUAUUGACAACAAAACUAGCAGAGCAAUAUGAUGCUUUCGUUAAGUUCACUCACGAUCAGCUAAUGCGGCGAUUUGGAGAGCAACCUGCUAGCUAUGUUUCCUGAGUGAAACCCCAUGUUUGAUGGAAUACCAGUUUCCCCAUUUUAUUAUUGCUGAAAACUCCCCAGCUGAUUCUCUGCCAACUGUAUUCUCCAGAGACUCAGUGGGUCUAGUUGAACUUGUAGCAGUGCCAUAUCUCCCCUGUGGCCACAGGCUGCCUCAAACUUCUGUCAGUGGCAACUACGUUCUCUUCGUCUGGAAUUUGGAAUGUGUCCCAGAUGGCACCCUAUUUCCUGUAUAGUGCACUACUUUUGAUUAGUGCCCAUAUGGCUCUCGUCAAAAUUAGUGCACUAUAGAGGGAAUAGGGUGCAAUUUUGGAUGAAGCCUUGGCCUGCUCCUGGCAACGCAUAUAUGGACCUCUGCUACCUAUUACUCUACUAGUGGCCUCUGUUGUUUUCAUUGCUGUAUUGAUAUUUAUUCAGGGUUUUUUCUGAUGCCUUUGUUAGUGACCUGCCAUUCCCAGCUCUGCUAGCCUUGUCAAGCACAGACAAUGAAUAACAAGUUGGCAUUAUAGCCCAAACAGACUGGCACAGGCUAUGACUUUUCUGCCACAGUUUUUGUUCCAUAAAUAUGUUUGUUGCAAAGAUGCCACAUUUUUUUAGCAAAUCAACAUGCAUCUUUGCAGGGGGUGGUGGUCACUACAAAAUAGUGGAUAAACUAAGGAAGCUUCUGGCCUAGACUCCAGAAGAGGACAUCCUGGCCUUUUAUCAGUUGUGGUUAGAUUGUACUGGUAAAUGACCUAUGUACAUUAUGUAGUUUUGCUUGACUUUUGUUCCAUUUACUUAUCUUUUAAUUCGCUAUGUAGAUUAAUGGGGUUGGGAAAAGCAAAAUAAUAAAAGCUAUACAUUAAAGGGUG